CCUAGUUCCUCUUUUGCAGUUCACGUUGAAAAACGGUUCAAUCAUUUCAGUUCGUAUCAAACUCUCACUGGAUAUUGCCUCCAGAUCAGCAAUGAGGAAUCUCGUUUGGGUAAUUCUGCUCGUUGCCGCUGCACGUGCGCAAUAUAAAUACAAAUUCUGCGCACCCCUCGAUACAGUAAGCGAGUCUGCGUGCUACAGUUUACAACGAGGAGACAGCGAAGUGUCAUGUUUGCAAGUGCAGGACAACGCCGAGUGCGCUAUCCGCUUAGCUGAAGGCCAAGCUGAUUUCGGUGUCUUUAAUGCAGAAGAAUUGUUGUUGACGCAUCAAUUCUAUUCAUCUCACAUACAACCCAUUCUUCAACUGAGGCAUAAAGAUAGGCAGGAAGAGGAAUUUGAAUUCCAAACGGUGGCAGUGGUCCCCGUAGAUUUGACGCAGCAAAACAUACUCCCUGGUGAACGUCUAAAAAAUUUGAAAGAUAGUGGCUUUUGCCACCCUGGUUUUAGCCAAUCUCAAUGGUGGAAUGAUUAUAUUCUCAAGAACUUUGAAAACUCAGUGAACCCUCCGCAAUGUCAGGAUGAUGUAACCGCUAUCGAGAACGAGAUCAUAAAUCUUAAAAAUUUUUUUGGAAAAGCUUGUAGGCCGGGCGAAUGGGCUGCUGAUAGCGCCGUCGAUCAAGAACUAAAGAAGAAAUAUCCAGAACUGUGUGCUCUUUGUGACAACGAGGUAACUUGCAGUUAUGAUAAUAUGGAUCAUCAUGGACAUAUCGGAGCUUUGCAAUGUCUAGUUCGUGGUAAAGGUAAAGUGGCAUACGCAGCACUCAACUACGUUCAGAAUUACCUCAAAAGAAAUGAAUCGUAUCAGUUUUUAUGUCCAAGCGGCACCGUUCUUCCUUUAUCCACUGAAAAUCCUUGCGCCUGGCUCAAACAACCGUGGAGUGUUGUUGUAGCUAGAAACGACAUCGCAGAGUCUCUAAAGUCUAAAUUGUUGACAUGGCUGAAACCUCCUCAUACCGAACUUUGGCUAAUUACUUUAGAUAGUAUUAUACAAGAUGACAGUUGGGCCUCCGAGAUAACCGAGAAAAUGUCCAUAGCUACGUACUUGAGCAAGGGAAGAAUCGUUGAUAUCGACAAUAUUCAAACUUGCGGCAAACACAUUCGUUGGUGCACAAUCGGCGAUCUGGAGACCAACAAGUGCAAAUGGGUGGCGAAAGCGGCGAAGGCUCUUGGUGUGGCACCGAGCAUUUCUUGCAUGAAGUCAAAUUCCACGUUUCAAUGCUUCCGCGAUAUACAAGAAAAUCGAACGGAUAUCAUGGUCAUUGAUUCUAAUUACGGUUAUCUGGCACGAACGGUUUACGACAUGUCAACGGUUCUAUACAGCGAAACUGAUAAUGAUAAGAAUAGUGUGACACUCGCGGUAGUGCGUGAGCCCAGAGGCGACGAUUACCCCAUAAAGAGCUUUCACGAUUUAAAGGAUAAAACAGCAUGUUUCCCUGAAUACGGCGGACUCACCUGGUUGAGUUUCAUCAACACGGCUAGAACAAACGAUAUCAUUUCGUCUAAAUCCUGCGACUAUCCAUCGUUGGUGUCCGACCUGCUGUCGGGCGCUUGUACCCCCGGAAUCGAAGAUACCGACCACUCGAGCACCGCCGUCCCCUCGGACAUAGCGUCCAAGCUUUGCUCGGCUUGCAGACAUCAAAAUAAUACAUCCUGCGCAGGGAACGAAACUAAUCACUAUUACGGUGACAGAGGGGCCAUGCGAUGCCUUAUUGAAGGAGCUGGCGAUAUUGCGUUUGUCGAGAAGGCGAAUAUUCUCUAUGUCGACUACUUCUCCAUCGAUUCAAAUAUGUACCGUGUUUUGUGCAAAAAUGGAAGUUUGGCCCAAAAUCCAGGGUUUACUGUUGACGAGUUCUGCGCACUAUCGGUAACAAUCGACAGUGAGAUCGUUGGUCGUAGGAAGGAUAGCGUGCAAAUUUCUAGAACGGAUACUAUUCUAGCCUUAUUAAAAAUGGAAGAUUGGCUAGGAUAUCGUGUAAAAGCUCGAAGACCAAUUCACAUGUUCGGGCCAUUCAACGACACAAGAGAUCUUCUCUUCAAAGAUUCCUCGUCGGGUUUGAUUUCCUCAUCGUCGAUGAAGAAGACAGUGCUUGCCUAUAAAGAGCUUUUCAGUCACGUCGAGGAGUGCUCGAAUGACUCUUUCGCGGUCACCGCUAAUUUCAUUUUUGUAGGCCUAGUCGCACUUUAUCACCUUCUUUCCAGUCACGUACGCUAAUUUUCUCUGCAUUGUUAAUUCCAAUAUUUACAAUAUUUACGUAAUAUACAAUUGCCAUAUGUACUUUUAAGUAUAAUGGAUGGCUAAGCGUUGACCAACUUUUUAUUGACCUUUUUUUUAAAUAAAAGCACCACUACCAUAUUUCCUUAUUUUGGGGAUUAGAAUAAAACAUUAUUAUUACUUUUCUAUA